AUGCCGAGAUCCUCCUCCUCCAACUCCAACCCCAACCCCGGCUCCGGCUCGUCGAAGCCCAUCCUGGGGAGGGCGAUGGCGACCAUCCUGGCGCUGCCGCUGACACCGAUCUCCAAGGCCAAGCUGGGCCUGCUCCUCUUCAAGAAGCGCGCGUCCGCCGCCGCCAGGCGCCGCUGCUACAACUACAAGCCGUUCCGCCACUACAACUACGCCUACGUGGGCGAGUACCAGUUCUCGCCCUCCCGCUCCCCGCUCCUCCCGGGCCCGCCGCCCCCCGGCGUCACGGCCUGGCGGAGGGCCGCCGCCAAGAAGCGCCGGAGCAGGGCAAGGAUCAUCCUCGCCUCCCUCUUCUGCGGCGCCGACGACCUCGACGUCGCCGUGCUGGACGGCCUGGCUCGUCGGGGCGACGCCCAAGGGCGCGGGGACAGGGACGACGAUGCCUACGCCUACAACGACGAUGAGGAGGAGGUGGUGGACUACGGGGAGGAAGGGGACGAGGAGGUGGACGGCCGCGCGGAGCGCUUCAUCCAGCGGUUCUACGAGGAGAUGAGGCUGCAGAGGCAGCGGUCUCUGGUCCAGCGCCGGCUCUAG